CUUUGUACAAAAUAGUCCCCGCUGCUCACAGUUUUCUGCAACAGCGACUACUACGACUAGCCUCUACCGCACGCGACUACUGUCUCAUACCUGACUUACUUUUUCGCCCACUUCUAAACAACCAACCUUCGAAUCACUACAAAAGCCGAGAAAUCUACCACUAUGGCUGUACGCGCUCAAUUCGAGAACUCGAACGAAGUUGGUGUCUUUUCCACCCUUACGAAUGCGUAUGCAAUUGUCGCAGUCGGAGCUUCAGAGAACUUCUACAGUGUCUUCGAAGCUGAACUCCAGGACGUCAUACCAAUCUGCCAUGCUACCAUCGCAGGCACUAGGAUAGUCGGCAGACUUACUGCUGGCAACAAGAGAGGGCUCCUCGUUCCGACCACCACUACAGACCAAGAACUUCAGCACCUACGAAAUUCGAUACCAGACAGCGUCAAGAUUCAGCGGAUAGAAGAGCGACUCUCAGCCCUCGGCAACGUAAUAUGUUGCAACGACCAUGUCGCCCUCGUACAUCCGGACAUUGAGCGAGAAACGGAGGAGAUAAUAGCAGAUGUGCUCGGUGUUGAGGUGUUCAGGCAAACCAUCGCCGACAACGUGCUUACGGGCUCGUAUAUGGCGCUGAGCAAUCAGGGCGGAAUCGUGCAUCCAAAGACGUCUAUUCAAGAUCAGGAUGAGUUGUCGAGUUUGCUACAGGUACCGCUCGUGGCUGGUAGUGUGAAUCGCGGAAGUGCAGUUGUGGGUGCGGGCAUGGUUGUCAAUGACUGGAUGGCUGUCACUGGUCUUGAUACAACAGCCACAGAACUUUCGGUCGUCGAGUCUGUCUUUAGGCUAGGCGAGGGCAAUGGUCCCAGCAACAUCAACACCACGCACAAGGACGCCAUGGUCGAAUCUUUCUACUAAACCAUAUCUUUAGCACGUCGGCCAUGGCCUCUCUCCACUAUAUUUAAUUAGUAGUGGACUAGGAGCAUUCGGCGCACGGCGUCUGGAAAACAAGAGCAAGAAAAUAGAGACUUGUCUUAGCCCUUUACUCUUCUACUGUAAUAAAUGAAUGAUACCAUGAUGAUCGCCACUCUGCUG